GCAUUCACAUUGGAUAAAAAAAAGUUGGAUAGGAUAGGAUCAAAGCAAGUUGGAUAGUAAAAGGAUCAAAGCAAGUUUAUAAAGUUUAACCAAGUCAACGCUCAACACCAAAAAAACAUAACAAAUAAAAUGCUCCAUUUAACAAUUAUAUAAAACUCACAUUCAUAUCAAUCCAAAACCUCGUUUACAAAUUCAAAUGCUAUUUCAAUUUCAAUACUCCAUUUAGCUAUCGCUCACACGGAUGCACGAGCAUGGAUCAUAUGAAUUCAGGAUUCACGAUCAUGGAUUUGAGCUCGAAUGAGAAACCGCCAUAUAGUACGACUAUAUGGAAUAUUCGAAAAUCUAGUGGUAAUUUGCUAGCUGAUAGGCUCAGCGUUUUACCUGAUGAAUUGUUAAUUCAAAUACUUUCUUUGCUUCCCACCACAGAUGCUGUUGUUAUGUCCAUUUUGUCUAGGAAAAUGAGAAGUGUUUUCCCUUUGAUUACAAGCCUCGACUUUGAUGAUUCACCUAUAUCUUAUUGUUUGAAACAUCCCAAUCGUAUUGAUCGUUUCCCUGCAUUUGUGUCCUUUGUUAUCAAAGCCAUCCAUACAUACCAGUCUGAGCAUCUCAGCAGGUUUAGACUUCGAAUAGGAAGGGACUUUGUUACCAGGUCCUUUUCGGGGUGCACUAUUGAAGGUACGGGUCCAUGUGAUAAAUGUUGUUUCCCUGACUUGAAAUUCCCCCUGCUUAAUAUAUUGAUCGGUUUUCCAUUAAGCCAUCAUGGCCUUAGGGAGCUUGAUCUCCGCAUUCAGGUGAGGAAACCAGGCGAAGAUCAGCUGCCCUCUGAGAUUUUCACUUGUGAUACGUUGGAGGCAUUGAAGCUUGAUGUCAAUCUUGGUCUUCAUCAAGUUUUCACCAUGCCAUUCUUUCAUCUUCCAAAAUUGAAACUAUUUCACUUCACCACUUCCAUUGUUUCUGAGAAAGACUUUCUGAAUAAGUUAGUUUCAAGCUGCCCUUUACUUGAAGACCUCACUGUGCAAGCCUGGUGGAAGGAUUUUCCUUUUACAACUGUAUCUUCGCCUUCUCUUCGAAGACUUUGUUUAAAAUUGUAUCAACGUCUUACGGAGGAGAACAGUAACUCCUUGCAUAUAAAUACUCCUAACUUGAAAAGUCUUGACUACUAUGGUAACUUAGCAGUACACUACGAUAUCCAAAACAUGCAGCGUCUUGUGAAAGCAGACAUCAACAUAAACAACGUUGGAUAUACUUCCGUAAGUCAGGAAGUUGAUGAUCCUUUGCAGAGAACACUUAGCCUUAUCAGACCUUUGUCUAUUGUUCAACAUUUAUCUUUGGCAGGCUUGUAUGUGCAGAUUCUAGAUUUUUAUGGAGUAAAGGAUUAUCUGCCCGUGUUUCGAAAUUUGAAAUAUCUAGAGCUGGGUUAUCGACAAUUCUACUGGGAUAAAGUGUUGUUGGCAUUUCUUAAUUGCUCACCUGUCUUAGAAACUCUUGUUUUUCCACAGGGAAUGAUUAAUGAAAACAUGGAUAUGGAAGUUUUUGAGCGACUGAAGUUGGAACGAGAGUUUUGCAGAACAACUCGAGUGAUCCCUUCGUGUUGCAGGUCUCAUCUCAAAAGAAUUGUGAUAAAGAAAUACAUGGUGACAGAACGGGAGAUAAAUUUGAUCCAGUUUCUGCUGAGACAUGCAUUAGUAUUGGAGGAAUUGGUCAUAUACGUAUACCAAUUCCCCUGGAGGACUUGGCCUCCAAUUGAAGAUCGGAAAUGUUCGCUUAUAAGAACACUGCGAGAGUUACCAAGGGCAUCAGUCACCUGUUUAAUUAAAGUACUAUGAUCUGUUAUUAAUUUUUUUAAUAGAAAGUUUGUUCUUGCUCUAAGUCCUACUGGUUAGGAUUAUAAAGCAAGAUUACAUAUAUUUUACUCCGUAUUAUUAGAGAUGAACAUGUUCAGUAAAUAAACAAUAUAUAUGGUGAGGAGCAUAAUAAGCCUAAUUAGCCUCAUAGCAUAAACAUGUUAAAGAUAUUUAAGUAAUUACUGAGCAAUUAAAUUGUCGAGGCCAGUCUUAUUCAA